CAUCUCGAUACUCUUACCCCACUCGAUUCCACUUCCCCCUUCAUAGGUUCUUCGGGUCCCACAGAAACAGCAACCAGAGAGGGUGAAUCUUUUAUAAAAACGGCGUGCAUUUAUCUCUUCCUCCGUCGUCUCCUCGGUGCAAGAUUAAAGUCCUAAGCCUAACCCUAACUCCCAACCCGGAGAUCAGCCCCAAGAACCCUGGUCGGGGCUCGAUGGAUGAACCCGAAGGAUCCCUCAACUUCGAUUUCGAGGGCGGCCUCGAUGUCGCCGCCCCUUCCGUUGCGGCGGUGGCGGCCUCUGGUCCCCUCGCCCCGUCUGACCCCACCGCCGCUGCGGCGAGCGCGGGAGCCUCCUCUCCCUCUGGCACGGCCGAUCGGAUGGCCGUCGCAGGCGGGAACGUUUCCGGGAGGCGGAGCUUCCGGCAGACGGUGUGCCGCCACUGGCUGCGUGGCCUCUGUAUGAAGGGCGAUGCUUGCGGCUUCCUCCACCAGUACGACAAGGACCGGAUGCCGGUGUGCCGCUUCUUCCGGCAGUACGGAGAGUGCCGCGAGCAGGACUGUGUUUACAAGCACACUAACGAGGACAUCAAGGAGUGCAAUAUGUACAAAUUUGGUUUCUGCCCCAAUGGACCUGAUUGUCGGUAUCGUCAUGCCAAACUUCCUGGGCCUCCUCCUCCUGUUGAAGAAGUUCUCCAGAAGAUACAGCAUCUGAAUUCUGCUUAUGGGUCUUCAAACAGAUUUUAUCACCACAGAAACAAUAACAAUAGUUAUAACCAACAACCAGAUAAGAAUCAGUUGUCAUCAACUCCUGGGUUACCUAAUCAAAAUACAGGAGUCAAACCAGUUUCUUCAUUUGAACCAUCAGAUGUAAAGCUGCCUCAGUCGCUAGUGCAGCAGUCCGAGCAGCAGCAGCAGCAGCAGCAACAACUGCCAAUUCCAUCAUUGGAGAACCAGGUCCCAAGUAUUUCAAAUGCCUUGUCGAAUCAAACUGUUAGAACUGCAUCUCCACUCCCUCAGGGACAAUCUAGGUAUUUUAUUGUAAAAAGCUGCAAUCGGGAAAAUCUGGAAAUAUCUGUUCAGCAGGGUAUGUGGGCAACUCAAAGAAGCAACGAGGCAAAACUUAACGAAGCAUUUGAGUCCACAGAGAAUGUUAUUUUGAUAUUCUCAAUCAACAAAACUCGCCAUUUCCAGGGAUGCGGUAAGAUGACAUCUAGGAUUGGUGGAUUUGUUGGUGGAGGGAACUGGAAAUAUUCUCAUGGAACUGCACAUUAUGGUCGAAACUUUUCAGUUAAAUGGUUGAAGCUCUGUGAGUUGUCCUUCAAUAAAACUCAUCAUCUCAGGAACCCAUAUAAUGACAAUCUCCCGGUGAAGAUAAGUCGAGACUGUCAAGAGUUGGAGCCUUUUAUUGGUGAACAGUUGGCUUCACUGCUUUAUCUCGAGCCAGAUAGUGAGCUCAUGGUGUGCUGCUACCCUUUCGACUGUCUCAACUUUUUGUUCCUUGCAGUGUAUUUGUUCACUGUAGCUGAAGCUAUGCUGGUAGCUGCAGAAUCCAAACGUGACGAGGAAAAGGCCAAGGGAGGUGGUGCAGAUGAGGCAACAGAUAAUCCAGAUAUAGUUCUGUUUGAGGACAAUGAGGAAGAAGAAAGCGAGGAAGAAGAAAGUGAGGAAGAUGAUGAAAGCGGCCAAGCUGCACACGGGAGAGGAAGAGGACGAGGGAUGAUGUGGCAGCCACACAUGCCACUGGUACGUGGAGGAAGACCUAUGCUCGGUGUUCGUGGCUUCCCUCCUAUAAUGAUGGGGGCUGAUGGAUUUGGUUAUGGUGAUGGUUUCUCUACACCAGAUCUUUUUGGUCCCCGAAUUUUUCCACAGUUUGGUGGCCCGAGAUUUUCUGGUGAUUUUUCAGCAGGCUUGGUCUUUUCUGGUAGGCCCCCACAGCCAGGGGCUGUUUUCCCAAUGGGUAACAUUGGGAUGAUGAUGGGUCCUGGGCGGGCUCCAUUUAUGGGUGGCAUGCCAAUGGCUGGGAUGGGUCGGGCAAAUCGUCCUGUCGGAGUCCCACCUUUCCUACAUCCGCCUCCAGCUCCUCCACUGAACAGUCGGGCUGCAAAGAGGGACCACAGGAGACCAGUUAGUGAUAGAAAUGAUCGGUAUGAGACUGGAUCUGAUCAGGGCAACAGGAGCCAGGUGAUGGCUGGGGCUGUCGGUGGAGCAGAUGAUGACGGUGCAUAUUGGCAAGGUGAAAGGGCUUCCGACCAUAAAUAUGGCCCAGGAAAAAGUUUCCAAAAUGAGAGUGAGAAGAGCAUGGAUGAGAUAGCACCAAGACGAUCGAGGCAUAGCGAUGGAAAGUGGAAGCGCCAUGUGUCCGAAGGGGAAACUACUCUAGAGUAGUUGGACAGGCCAUCAAUUCAGUGUGAAAAGCAUUAAGGUUGCAGCAUCUUGCUCACAGAUUUUUGUGGAGAUCUGUCUCGAUUGUUUCUCCUUUUCUUUCCAUCAUUGUUUGUAAUGUUUAUACUACAAUGAUGAUCUGUCUUGGGGUAUGUUGAGAAAGAGUUGGAACUAAACUUAUUGUACUGAUGGAGUGCCAGACACACUCCACUGUCUAAAGAACCUGAUCUCGCAAAAAAGUGAAGGCCCGAGUGUUGAAAAGCGAAAGCUAGUGCAUGUGUACAAAUUAGUGUUACUUAGAGGAUGUCAAGCCUGCAGGAAUAACUGAAACAAUCACUUACUCUAUUUAGAACCCUGUGCAGAAUACAAGCAUUUGAACUACAAUUCUUUUU